GGAACGGAAUUCUCCCGCAGAGAAAUAACAGUUGGAUUAGUAUCAACAAUGCUGCGGGUGUAUGUAGCCCUGUUCGUCACACUUGGGAUUCUGAGUUCGGCGUUUCCCGGAUCUGUUCGUGCGACUUCGGAUGAGGUAUGGCAACCUGCACACCUCAGUCCGGACGCUUCAUCGACAACCCCUGGUCAGACGAAUUCUACCAUUCCAAUCUCCUAUGCAUCUGUCAAGAUAUCAAAGCGGAGACGAAGCAUCACCUCAUCAUACUCCAACGACACCGUCCACAAGAUACGAGGGAGUGACGGUUCCUCUGCGCUAAGAAGAGCGCAAGUCCUCUCUCCGCAAAUGGUAUCCCAGACCCUGUUGAAGAUGAUGGAAACACUUGAGAAGAUGUCACAACGUGCUGAGCGUCUCUCAGACGACGUCAAAGAACUUAGGACUGCAUCGCAGACAUCUAUUGACAGACAAGGCCUAGUGUUAAACGAAGUGAGAGAGGAAGUCGACACUCUGGAACGGAGAACGUACUCGAGAGUUGUCGAAAUAGGACAGUCCAUCACUAACCUGGAAAGGUAUAUCAAAAUGAAGAAGUUUCAUCGCAAAGCAGUUUUUAACGUCGAGAACAUCAGACAACAGAUGGAGAAGACGAACGUAUCAGCUAGGGCGCAAAAUGUGGAGAGUGAUUUGUUUCUUCUUGACGGAUACACAGCUAAGAUUCGUGUGAAAUCAAAGUUUGAGAAGAACAAAGUGUGGUUAAGCGUUUACCUCUGUUUUUGUUCAGGUUCAAAAGAUUCUCUUCUUCAGUGGCCGUUCAGAGAUGAUUAUACACUUUCCAUUUUCCAUCCCAGUAGUUCAGCAAAAGACGUGAACAACAAAGUGACAGCGUCUGCGCCCUCAGCGUGCGCAGGCAACUUUGACAAACCGACUGCAGCAGGAUGUAACAACUGUUGUGGCUCCAGAAAUGGUUUAUCGCGAGAGUCAGCUGAGGAAGGUGGUUACAUUUAUAAUGGCGCAAUUACAGUGGGCGUGACGCUUCAUUGAGGAGAAACAAACCAAGCCUGCGCGUAUAUAUGAAAAUGUUCUCCGCCAACCUCUUUGUUCGCACAAACCGCGUGCAUUCACAUGAAACAAACCUGGGAGUGGUAAGCGCGUGUGUGCGGACGUUGAGAAACAGCAUCCUUCAAAUAAUUCUAUCCACAACGGUUUAUAGAGUAAGAUGUAUCACUGUAAUUUGCAAUUACAUUGUAAUGCAUACUUUCUGUCGAAGGCACGCCCAGGCUUCAAUGCGAUUGGCGGCUCGAAGCCAUCGCGGGAGUAAAAACAAAGCAAAAACCUACAUUUUUUUUUUUUUUUUUACGUUGAUGUAUACUUUGGUGCUGACACAAAAGUAGCAGGCAUACGAGGCUUCAAUGAUUACGGUUAUUUUGAUGCUGGUGAGUCACAAUGCCUUACGCAGGCCACAGUCUACGUGAUGCUCAUGAAGUUACUUGUUACACCAUUUGAAAAAGCAUCGUGGGAUAUGUGUCUUACUCAUUUGGGAUGACGAAAGGUACACUGCUGUCUCUGGGCUUCAAAAUGACGCUUUUUUUUGUGUGUGUUUGUGCUGCUGAUAAGGAGGGCUAAAAUACUUCAACGAAAGUAAACCAAGUAAAAUUCCUAAAAAUGUGGGACAAGGAAAAGGAUGACGAGUGUGUGUGGAUGACGUAUGAGUCAUCUGAGUGUGAUAUUUAAAGACAGUACUAUGUCGAUAAUAAAUUCUUUUGUUGGAAGUUUA